AUGUUUAUCCUUUUGUUUAUUACAUUAACGUUUUCUAAAUCUUAUGACUGUGGAACAGAUGUCGAUUGCACAAUGAAUGGCGUAACAUUAAUUGUAAGUGGAAGUGGGAAAAUGAACGAUCAAUUAUAUAUUUGUGAAAAGGAUGGGUUCGAAAAUAUAGAAGAGAUUAUAACAGAAGAAGGGGUUACAUACAUUGGAGAGGAUUCAUUUUCAAACUGUAAAUUCUUAACAAAAAUGCUAUUUCCACUUCACAACAACAUCAUUUCUAUUGGUGACUAUGCAUUUGAAUCCUGUACAUCUUUAACAAAAGUUAAUAUUGGAAAUAGUGUUUCAACAAUUGGUGAAUAUGCUUUUUAUAAUUGUAUGUCAUUAACAUCAAUAGAUGUGGACACAUCAAAUCCAUCAUAUUCAUCUCUUGAUGUGGUAUUAUAUAAUAAAGACAAGACAUUAUUAAUUCAAUACCCCAUUGGAAAUUCAAGAACAUCAUAUUCUAUCCCUCCUUCUGUUACAGUAAUUGGUGAAAGUGCAUUUUCACAUUGUAUAUCAUUAACUUCGAUAAACAUUCCAGAUUCUGUUAUUGAAAUUGAUGAUUUUGCAUUUGAAUCAUGCAUAACAUUAACAUGUGUAUCAUAUGAAGGAACAAAAGAAAUAACAAAUAUAGGGAAAGAAAUAUUUGGAUUUUCAAGUAUAAAUUCAAUACAUGUACCAGACAAUUAUGAAAAGGACACAUUUGCAAAUUAUAAAAUAAUAAAAGAUAAUAAGAUAUGUGAUAAAGAUAACACAGAUGGAGC